AUGGCGGAAGAAAACAACGAGAACUCGUACGGUGAUGUGGCUGCCACCGCUAGCAAGGAGGGGUCUCAACAUACAUUCGAUGCUCAGGCAAAAGAUGGUCCACCUUCCAAAUCGUCAGCCCGAUCAAGUUCUUCCUCGUCAGCGCUGCCUCCAGUACCUCAGUUCCCUCCUCCGAAGACGGACAAGCCCCGACCGCACGUAUGCACUACCUGUAUGAGGUCCUUCGCCCGAUUGGAGCACCUCAAGCGUCACGAGCGGUCUCACACAAAAGAGAAGCCAUUUGCAUGCUCGGAAUGCACACGCUGCUUUGCAAGAAGAGAUCUGCUCCUCAGACACCAGCAGAAGCUACACUCGACAACCACUCCCUCUGCUCGACCCCGCGCGGGACGAAGAGAGAGUGUUGCGGGUACUGCUACUGCUGGUGGACCAGGACGAGUCCGGAAGAACUCGAUGGCGAGCAAUAACGUAUCAUCCAUGCGACCGCGUGCCAAUACCUUGAGUCACGUCGACGCUGCAACCAUUGGCAUGCUUGCUAAUACAAAUCCUGCUUUCGAUCGACACUUUGUACCGGGCCACAAUCAUCACCAUAGCCUUUCGGGAAUGCCACCUGGUCAGGGCUUCGGCUAUAGAGGCAUGACAAAUCUCCAUGGUCUUGGACUGCCCAAGCUUGAGACUGGGCUACCUCUUGAUCUCUCUGGUGGCCUGCGCACGGCUCCGCCUUAUGGUGGGUUUGGUUCAGACUUUCCAAUGGAUUUCUCCCAGAACCAGGGUAAUACAAUAAAUCCUCAUGCGCUACAUAUGAGUGACAUGAAUGGUGUGGCCAUGGAACAACCAUUCCAGCAAUUGUUCUAUCCUACAAACAUGCAGCAUGGAAUGCCCGAAGAUGACGGUACGUUUGACUGGAUGGCUCGUGGAUUCGAGAACCAAAUGACAUUUGCUCAAGCCAACGAGAAUGCUAUUGAUGACUCUUCACCGUCCGCCAUGAGCACAAACAGCCCCACAAACAUGCAGGAGUUGUCCGCCGAGAUGCAGCCUGGACCAGGCCAACAUCCUCACCUUUCCAAUGCUCAAACGUGGCAGCAAGCCGUCGCCAACAACGCGCAUAUGGUCAACAGCCCCAUGAGCAUGGAUUUUGGCUCUACCUUCAACGAGAUGAUGCCUGGGCACAACGGUACGAUAUCGCCGAAAUCGCUUCUCGCGCAAAGCCACAUGGGCCUCGACUUGAACCUACCAACGCCUCCAGAUAUGGCAUCCCUGGAUGUUACGGCAAUGUCUACGGCUGUCCCCUACAAUUCGUUCCAGCUCCCUCUGAGUAGAGAUAGCGGCACAUCCACCGCUUCAACGGCUUCUCACGACAGUAGUCUACGGCAAAGCUCUAUCACCACAACAUCCUCGGAUCUCGUAAAUGAAAAUGUCAGGAACACACUGAUCGCCGGCCUGUCCCAAAGCAAUCCAUUCAGCCAGCGGAAGUACUCUCAGCCACUCAUCAGCUCUCCUCUCUCGCCAGACUCUGGAUCCAAGACCAAGGGAUUCAACGCUGCCACUUUUCCCAGUCUCCCCGACCUACAGCGUUAUGUCUCAGCAUACAUCAAGUACUACCACCCUCACCUCCCUUUCCUGCAUAUUCCGACGCUCAAUUUCGAGUCUUCAGAGUAUACCAUGCCGCCAAGGUUCGUUGGCGGCCAAGCGCAGUACGGUCAAGCCAGCGCGGCUGGUGGAGGCAGUUGCCUGGUGCUAUCAAUUGCCGCCAUUGGCGCUGUGUACGAAAGAGAGAUGGAUCAGUCUCGCGAGCUAUUCCAGUGGGCACAUCGUUUCAUCUUUAGCUAUCUGGAAAUGCGUCGCAAAGCAGACAUGCAUCGAACGCAGUUUGCUCCGCGACAUGCUUCCGAUUCCGAAGAGAGUCCGUUGUGGCUGGUCCAAGCGAUGUUACUGCAUGUCAUCUAUGGCCACAAUUGCGGAGACAAGACGGCCGCGGAAGUUGCAAGCAACCACUGCUCCUCGCUAGUCAGUUUGGCCCGUGAUGCCCACCUUGCACGGCCACAGCAGGGCUUUUCAAGUCGCAAGGGCAGCUCAGGACAGAAUGGUGUGGGACACCCUGGUGGCGAGAUGGGUGGUUGGACAUCGAUGCUCAACGAGAGUGAAGAGGUGGACUGGAUGGAGUGGAAGACCACCGAAGAGCGCAAGCGAACAUUGUAUGCUGUUUUUAUCCUCUCGAGCAUGCUGGUCAUGGCCUACAACCAUGCGCCGGCAUUGACAAACUCGGAGAUUCGCAUCGACCUCCCGUGCGAUGAAGAGCUGUGGGCUGUCGACAGCUCACAGGCGUGGCAAGCUAUGGGCGGCAUCGGUGCAGUCAGCAGCAAGUCUACCACCUUUGCAACGGCACUUAGCCACCUCCUUAUGUCUUCUCAACGGCAGCGACGCAAGAGCAUGUCGAUGAACAUGGGCCAGACUCAGCCAGAAGUCGAGCUGAAACCGAGUACGUUCGGAUGCCUGAUCUUGGUGAAUGCCCUUCACAACUACAUUUGGGAGACUCGGCAGCGUCAUCUUGGGCGACAGUGGACGAUCCGAGACACGGAGCAAAUGCAUGCACAUAUCGAGCCUGCACUCCGAGCCUGGGAAGCGGCAUGGGCCAGCAAUCCGAGUCACAGUUUGGAGAGACCCAACCCUUUCGGUGCUGGCCCACUUUCUGCUGACAGUGUGCCUUUGCUUGACCUGGCGUACGUGCGCCUGUACAUCAACCUAGGCCGGUCCAAGGAGGCGUUCUGGCAACGGGACUAUAACUCGGUGGCAGAAGAGGUGGCUCGAAGUCCUGACGUGACUGUGCUGGGUGAGGAUGGCCGAGGGCUUCAGCAACGGCGAUCGUCUAUGUGCCAGGUUGAUGGCCAAGAGCAGGGUAAUCUGGAAGCCAGCGACGAAUUGAUGCCAAACGACAUGUCAAAGUCGCAGUCAACGCGACGGGAACGGCAGUUGCGACGUGCCGCGUUUUAUGCGUCGGACUCAUUGCUCAUGUCGGACAAACUUGGGCUGAUCUUUGAGGAAAGCAACUACCGCGAAUUGACUGCACAAUCGGCAUUGUGUGCGUUUGACUGUGCUCAAGUGCUUUCUGAGUGGGUGACGACUGUGCAAGAGAGAGUUGGAAAGUACGUGGGUGUUCUAGGGCAGGAUGAGGCGGAUCUGCUUCAAGUUCCUGGCAUUCUCCUACUCGAAGAUGAAGAUCGUCAGUUGCUAGGCAAGAUUGAAGAGUUCAUCAAACGAACGGAGCAGAAGUUGGGAAGGGACGUGAAUAUGGAGCAAGGCAAGGGAGGUUAUAGUCCGCGCAUCCUCGGUUUGACUGCUCAGUUACUGGAUCGAGCAGCCGUAUGGCCUGUGACUAAACUCAUGGGGCAGUCGCUUGAAACACAAGCGGUUCACAUGCGAGAUCGCGCGAAUGUCUCUGUCACAUCGGCGUAA